GGUGGCGGGUCCGGGCCGGGUCCGCCGCUGUUUCAGCACCUGGGACAGAGCCCAGCGGAGCGGUCGGACUGGGACUGAACUGGGACUGAACUGGGACUGAACUGGAAUGGUCUGGGGCUGGAACUGGGACAGGGAUUGAACUGGGACUAGGACUAGACUGGACUUGAUUUGGACUAGGAUUGAACUGGAUGUGGGAGUGGAAUGGACUACACUGAGAUAGGGGCUGGGACUGGAACAGACUGGGACUGGGAUUGGGACAGGGACUGGGACUGGGACUAGGACCAGAACUCAGACUGGAACAGGGAUGUGCAGGGCUAGGAUUGCAGUGGGUUUGAUUUAGGACUGAGAGUGGGCUGGGACUGGGACUGAGACUAGGCCUGGACUGGAAUUAUGACUGGAACUGGGACUGAGACUGUACUGGGAUGGGGACGGAACUGGGAGUAGAAGUGCAAUGGAGCUGGUGAGGGGCUGGAGCACAAGUGUGAUGGGGUGGCUGAGGGACCUGGGGGGUUCAGCUGGAGAAUAGGAGCUGAGGGGAGACAGGGACACAAAGAAACGACCUCAAGUUGCACCAGGGGAGGUUGAGGUUGGAUCUGGGAACAAUUUCUUCCCCAAAGGGCUGUGGGGCAUUGAACAGGCUGCCCAGGGCAGUGCUGGAGUCACCAUCCCUGGAGGGCUGGACAGACGGACAUGAGGUUCUCAGGACAUGGGGCAGUGCUGGGGUGGGGGAACAGUUGGAUUCAAUGACCUUAAAGGUCUCUUUCAACCAAAAUGAUUCUGUGAUUUUAUGGAUUGGACUGGGACUGGGACUGGGACUGGGACUGGGACUGGGACUGGGACUGGGACAGGUCUGGAACUGGGAUGGGAACUGGACUAAAACUGGACUGAGACUAGAAUUUAACUGGGACUUGAACUAUGACUGGACCAGGACUGAGACUAGAACUGGGACAGAACUGGGACUAGGAUUGAACUGAGAAUGGGACUGGGACAAGUCUGGGACUGGAGUGGGACUGGGACUGGAGUGGGACUGGGACUGAAACCAAACUGGGACUGGAUCUGAACUGGGACUGGGACUGGGACCAGCACGGGACCAUCAUCAUGACUGGGUCUGAGAUUGGACUGAGACUGGGAUUGGGACCAGCACCAUGAUUGAGACCAGUACUAGGACUGGGACUGGAACUGGUAGCAGACCUGGGAUCAGGACUUGCACCGACAGUGGGACGAGCAGUAGGACUGGGACUGCAACCAGGGCUGGGACUGGGACUGGAACUGGACCAGCACCAGAGCAGAGAUACAGCACCAGGACUGGGACUGGCAUUGGAACCAGGAUUUGGACCGGGACUAGGAAUGGGACCUGUAACAGGACUGAAACUGGGACCAGCACUGGGACUGGAACUGGACUGGGACCCAGCAUCUGAAUCCAGCACUGGGACUGGGACCAUGACUGGAGUCAUGAUCAUCACCAGGCCGAGACUGGGAUCCAAGCCUGGGCUGGGACUGGGAGCAGCACUUGGACCAGAACUGGACUGGGACCCAGCACCUGAACCCAGCACUGGGACUGGGAGCAGCACUGGGAGCAGGCUGGUUACUGGGAUCAGAAGCUGCGCUGAGACCAGGGCAGCAUGGGGACUGGGAUCAGAACUGGACUCAGCACUGGGACUAGGACUGGAACUGCGAACCAGCACCGGGACUGGAAGUGUGGCCCAGGACCAAUACUGGGACCAGCACCAGGUGCCAGGUGCUGGGACCGCUGCGGGGGGGAUCACUCGCAGGGGAAUGAGGCCGCAAGUUCAUCAUCGCCAACGCGCGCGUGGAGAACUGCGCCGUGAUCUACUGCAACGACGGGUUCUGCCAGCUGUGCGGGUACUCGCGGGCGGAGGUGAUGCAGAAGCCCAGCACCUGCGACUUCCUCCACGGGCCCCGCACCCAGCGCGGCGCUGCCGCCCAGAUCGCCCAGGCGCUGCUGGGCGCCGAGGAGCGCAAGGCAGCUGCUUUCUGUGCCUGGUGGACGUGGUGCCGGUGAAGAAUGAGGAUGGGGCCGUCAUCAUGUUCAUCCUGAACUUCGAGGUGGUGAUGGAGACGGAGCGCCCGGGCUCCCCCGACAAGGACACCAACCACUGGGUCACCCCCGCCAACUGGUUCCCCGCAGGGCGCAGCAAGUCCUUCCGCCUGAAGCUGCCGGCGCUGCUGGCGCUGGCAGGCAGCAAGCAGUCGCUGCCGCAGGAGCCGCCCGACGCCGUGGUGGUGGACUUCUCCAAGCAGAGCAGCGAGUCGGGCCCCGAGGACGCCACGUCGUCGCUGGAGCCCAGCUGCCCGGGGGGCACCCAGCCCGAGGACCAGGCGGCACUGAUGGGGGACGGUGCCCCCGAGCCGCCUGUCACCCACUCGUCGCCGCGCGCCGACCGCCUGGCGCUGCAUGCCGCCUUCUCCAACUGCAGCCUGGCGCGCAGCCGCUCGCGAGAGAGCCUGCACAGCGUGCGCCGCGCCUCCUCCGUCGACGACAUUGAGACCAUGAAGGGCGAGGGUGACAAGCGCUGCCACAACCGCCACGCCAGCACUGGCGCCAGCAUGCACCGCGGCUCCAGCACCGGGGCCAUGAACAACGUGCGGAAUGCGCUGCUGAACUCCACCUCUGACUCGGACCUGAUGCGCUACCGGGCCAUCAGCAAGAUCCCCCAGAUCACCCUCAACUUCGUGGACUUCAAGGCAGACGCCUUCCUGGCCGCCCCGCCUGGGGAGAAGGAGAUCAUCGCCCCCACCAAGCUGAAGGAUCGCACCCACAACGUCACCGAGAAGGUCACCCAGGUGCUGUCGCUGGGCGCCGACGUGCUCCCGGAGUACAAGCUGCAGGCGCCGCGCAUCCACAAAUGGACCAUCCUGCACUACAGCCCGUUCAAGGCGGUGUGGGACUGGCUGAUCCUGCUGCUGGUCAUCUACACGGCCAUCUUCACCCCCUACUCGGCUGCCUUCCUGCUCAACGACCAGGAGGAGGCCCAGCACCACAACUGCGGCUACUCCUGUAGCCCCCUCAACGUAGUCGACCUCAUCGUGGACAUCAUGUUCAUCAUCGACAUCCUCAUCAACUUCCGCACCACCUAUGUCAACUCCAACGAGGAGGUGGUCAGCCACCCCGCCAAGAUCGCCAUCCACUACUUCAAGGGCUGGUUCCUCAUCGACAUGGUGGCCGCCAUCCCCUUCGACCUGCUCAUCUUUGGCUCCGGCUCUGAGGAGACCACCACCCUGAUCGGGCUGCUGAAGACGGCGCGGCUGCUGCGCCUGGUGCGGGUGGCCCGCAAGCUGGACCGCUACUCGGAGUACGGGGCGGCCGUGCUGUUCCUGCUCAUGUGCACCUUCGCGCUCAUCGCGCACUGGCUGGCCUGCAUCUGGUACGCCAUCGGCAACGUGGAGGGGCAGCGCAUCGGCUGGCUGCACUCGCUGGGCGACCAGAUCGGCAAGCCCCUCAACGCCAGCAACCCCCUCUACGGCCCCACCAUCAAGGACAAGUACGUCACCGCGCUCUACUUCACCUUCAGCAGCCUCACCAGCGUCGGCUUCGGCAACGUCUCCCCCAACACCAACUCCGAGAAGAUCUUCUCCAUCUGCGUCAUGCUCAUCGGCUCCCUGAUGUACGCCAGCAUCUUCGGGAACGUGUCGGCCAUCAUCCAGCGCCUGUACUCGGGCACCGCGCGCUACCACACGCAGAUGCUGCGCGUCCGCGAGUUCAUCCGCUUCCACCAGAUCCCCAACCCGCUGCGCCAGCGCCUCGAGGAGUACUUCCAGCACGCCUGGUCCUACACCAACGGCAUCGACAUGAACGCGGUGCUGAAGGGCUUCCCCGAGUGCCUGCAGGCGGACAUCUGCCUGCACCUCAACCGCAGCCUGCUGCAGAACUGCAAGCCCUUCAAGGGGGCCACCAAGGGCUGCCUGCGCGCCCUGGCCAUGAAGUUCAAGACCACACACGCCCCGCCCGGGGACACGCUGGUGCACGCCGGGGACGUCCUUACCGCCCUCUACUUCAUCUCCCGCGGCUCCAUUGAGAUCCUGCGUGGGGACGUGGUGGUGGCCAUCCUGGGGAAGAACGACAUCUUCGGGGAGCCGCUGAACCUGUACGCGCGGCCGGGCAAGUCCAACGCCGAUGUGCGGGCGCUGACCUACUGCGACUUGCACAAGAUCCACCGCGAGGACCUGCUGGAGGUGCUGGACAUGUACCCCGAGUUCUCCGACCACUUCUGGUCCAGCCUGGAGAUCACCUUCAACCUGCGCGAUACCAACAUGAUCCCCGGCUCCCCGGGCAGCGAUGAGCUGGACAGCGGGUUCAACCGGCUGCGCAAGCGCAAGCUCUCGUUCCGCCGGCGCACGGAGAAAGACGCCGCCAACGCCGGGGAGCUGCGGAGCGGGCAGAAGGUGCUGCGGCCGGGCCGGAGCUGCCAGGCGCCCGGGGCCCCGCGUGGGCCGGCCGAGUGGGAGCCCUGUCACUCCAGCUCCCCCUCCAGCUCCCCGUCCAGCGACGAGGACGAGCCCCCCGCGCCGGGCGCCGCCGUGCUGUCCCCGUUCCGCAGCGCCCGCGCCGGCACCGACGCGCCCGCGGCCCCCGAGGCUGAGGAGCGCAAGGGCAGCGACAUGUGCAACCCCCUCUCAGGAGCCUUUUCGGGGGUCUCCAACAUCUUCAGCUUCUGGGGGGAGAGCCGGGGGCGGCAGUACCAGGAGCUACCGCGCUGCACCAUCCCGGCUCACGCCGCCCUCAGCAUCCCGCUGCCCACCAUGAGCCGCCGGCAACGCUCCGAGGUGGAAACGCGCCUCGAUCUGCUCCAGAAGCAGCUCAACAGGCUGGAGACCCGCAUGGCCGCGGACAUCAGCUCCAUCAUGCAGCUGCUGCAGCGUCAGGCCGCGCUGGUGCCCCCCGCCUACAGCACCGUGUCGUCCCCCCACCAGCCCCCCGGCCCCCCAUGUCCGCUGCAGCCCGUCCUCCCCAUCACCCCCAUCCAGCCGCUCUCUCAGGUCCCCAGCUUCCCGGUGCCGCUGGAGCCGCCGGAGCCCCGCGCCGCCCCCCCGCCGGACGUGGUGCUGCUGCUGGAGCCGGUGGCGGUGGCGCGGCGGCGGUCGCUGCCCGGACAGCUGUCGCCCCCCCCGGGGACACAGCCCCUGCACAGACACUGCUCCGACCCCGGCAGUUAAUGGGCCGGGCCGGGCCGGGACCCCCGAGCCGCGGGACCCCCGUCCCAGGACAAUCCGCCGCCGCCCCCACGGACAGACCCUCCCGCCAACGGAGCCCGCGGGGGGGCGGCGGGACCCCCGGCACCCCCACGUUAGCUGGCCUAACCGGGGGCCAGGCCGCCCGCGCCCGGGGCUGGCGGGACUGCGGACUGUGCUGCUCUUCCUCCUCAUCCUCCUCCCGCAGCGCCGGGGCGCGGCCCCGCAGCCCCUCCCCUGGCAGACCCCCGGGCCGGGGGGGCGGGGGCUGAGGGUGCACACGCGUGGGGGUGCGUGUGUCAGCCGUGUUUCGUGUGCCGUGGGGCUGCUGCCGCCCUGUGUGUGCACACGUGUGCCUGUGCACGUGUGCGUGUGUGUGUGUACUCGUGUCCAGCACCCCGGGACGCUGUGUGUCUCUCGGGGGGGCUCCUACUGUGUGGGGACACCCAUCCUGCUCUCUGGGGACAGACAGACUGUGCCCGUGUGUCCAUGUGUGCGUGUGUGUGUACGUUCACCCUGCUGCACUUCCCGCCGCCGUGGCACACAUCUGCACGUGUGUGCCCGCGUGUGCCCGCGUGUGCUGAGCCGCAGCAUGGGGCGGGUGUGCAGCACCCCCAGCCGUGUCCCCAUCCUUGUCCUGGCUGUGCUGGCCCUGCCAGCCCAGGACGUGUGUGUGUCCCUGGGGCAGCGCCGUGUGUCAGGGGGUGACCCCUCCCCAUGCCCGCUGACUGCCCCCCGGCCAGCUGCCUGAGCCCCCCAGUUAUCCCCAGUCGCCCCCAGCUGGGACCCCCCGGCCGCUCCCCCCGCACAGCUGGUGGCACAGGGCAGGGGGCGCAGCCUCCAGCGCCGUCCCAGCCACCCCACGCACAGGGAGGGGGACGCCCCGGUGGGGAGGGGGCGCGGGCAGGGCUGGGGGCUGCUGCCCACCCCCUGCUGGCUCCUGGUAGCGUGUGCCGUGUUCGUGCCGUCGUCCUGUAGCCGGGCGCCGUGUGUGCCAGACCUGCCGUCUCGCACAGCCCUGCAUGUCGCCUUCCGCGGUAGGUGCCCCCCCAAUAAACCGGACUGACACCCCG